AUGUCUAAAAGUGGAGUCAUCGGCAUCAGUAACUGGCGGCCAUCUUGCGUCGGAGAAUGUCUGGCAGAUUCUAAAGCAGCGGACGUAAGAGUCAACAUCAAAUCUUUUUUAUCCUUAGGGAGCAGCUCUUUGUCUUUCAGGAGUCAUACAUGUGGACAACUUAGAUCUGAGCAUGUUGGAGAGAAGGUCACAUUGUGUGGCUGGGUCCAGUACCUAAGACAAGACCUGUUUGUUAUUCUACGAGACUUCAGCGGCCUGACCCAAGUACUUAUACCUCAGCAAGAAUCUGCACACCAUUUAAAAGAAGUCCUGAGUAAUCUCACAGUUGAAUCUGUCAUCAAAGUUACUGGGACUGUUAGGCAACGGCCAGUGGGACAAGAAAACAAGGGGAUGCCAACAGGAGACAUUGAAGUCCUUGCCGAGAAUGUGGAAGUUCUCAAUACAUGCAGGAAGCUGCCAUUUGAAAUUAAAGACUUUGUUAAAAAAUCAGAGUCGAUACGAAUGCAGUUUCGCUACCUGGACCUAAGAUCUUCUCGCUUACAGAAGAACCUCAGACUGAGAUCCCAAUUAGUGAUGAAGAUGAGAGAAUAUCUGUGUAACAUACACGGUUUUGUUGAUGUUGAAACGCCAACAUUGUUCAAGAGAACACCAGGGGGAGCAAAAGAGUUUGUGGUUCCAUCCAGAGACCCUGGUCGUUUCUAUUCCCUCCCUCAGAGCCCUCAGCAGUUCAAGCAGCUUCUAAUGGUGGCUGGUAUUGACAGAUACUUCCAGGUAGCUCGAUGCUAUCGGGAUGAAGGCUCCAAACCUGAUCGCCAGCCUGAGUUCACUCAGGUCGACAUAGAAAUGUCUUUUGUGGAUCAGGUGGGCAUCAUGUCCCUGGUGGAAGGUUUGUUGCAGUACUCUUGGCCUACAGAGAAAGGACCCCUCACAGUUCCUUUCCAAACAAUGACAUAUAAAGAGGCCAUGAGAGACUAUGGGGUGGACAAACCUGAUACCAGAUUUGGCAUGAAGCUGAUGGACCUCAGAGAUGUUUUCCUGUCCACAGAUAUUGGUUUCUUCAAAUCAGCUCUUAGCCAACCAGAUAGCUGUGUUUUGUCCAUUUGUGUUCCCAGUGGAGCCGAACUAUUUACUGGGAAAGACUUAGACAAAAUAAAACAAUCAUCAAAGAUUCAUUUUAAUCAGGAGUUGAGUUUGUUGCUUGUCAGAGCAGAUGGAACGCUAAAGUCUCCUCUGAAGAAGCUAUUAUCGACCUCAGCCACUGAUGCUUUAUUUAAAAAGACUGGAGCUGAACCAGGAGACCUGGUACUGAUAGCUGCUGGUCCUGUCAAAGUGCUGCGCCCAAUGUUAGGUAAUCUACGUUUGCAGUGUGCUGAGCUCCUGGAGUCACAUGGCUUGACUGUCCGUGACUCCUCAGCCUUUCAUUUUCUGUGGGUUGUGGAUUUCCCCCUCUUCUUGCCUAAAGAGAAUGAGCCGGAGCAGCUUGAGUCAGCCCAUCAUCCAUUUACUGCGCCUGUGCCAGAGGACACACAGUUAUUAUACACAGCCCCAGAAAAAGUUCGUGGCCUGCACUAUGACCUAGUCUUGAACGGCUGUGAAAUUGGCGGAGGUUCAAUCCGUAUCCAUAAGGCGUCGGAGCAGCUUCACGUUCUAAAGAACAUCCUAAAGGAGGAUUCUACUGUUCUUGCUCACCUUCUGGAGGCUCUGGACUCUGGUGCGCCUCCACAUGGUGGUAUUGCGCUUGGUUUGGACCGACUGGUUUCCAUCAUGGUGGGUGCUUCCAGCAUACGUGAUGUCAUAGCCUUCCCCAAGUCAUUUCGCGGUCAUGACCUCAUGAGUCACGCCCCAGACUUUGUGUCAGAGGAGGAACUGAAAUCUUACCAUAUUUCAGUUAAGUGGCCAGCAGAGAUGCAGUUGACACAUAUGGGAGAUGUGGAGAUUGGCAAGAAACAUUGA